AUGCCUGGGGAUGCUGCAUCACAAGGUUUCUACAGUGAGGUCAAGCACCUUCCUGGCCUAGAGCUGCCACAAAGCAACCUGGGACUUGCUGUGAAGGGCGCCGCUGUAAGUGAGGAGGGUGAUGGGCCAGCAACACCAUCGGCUUUCAUCGGCCUUUUGGACAGCAGCGCUGCGCAUACCGUCCUGAACUGGGAGGCUGCCAAGCUGUUUGGAUUUAGUGGGCCAACCGAUCCACGCCUAGCUGCCGCAGCCAAGGUGUUGGCAGCAUCUGCAGAUGGACAAGCUGAG